AUGGCCUCGCCGUUCGAGUGUCCAAACCUUACCAUUGAACGGAAUGGCAAGGUAUAUAUCAUUACUAUGAGGAUGGGGCCCGAGAACAGGUUGAACACCAAGUUUUGCCAGGAAAUGAUCAGUGCCUUCAAUUGGAUCCGCCAGACCAUAGGCUCAAACUCAGAGGGGGCUGUCAUUACAAGGGGGAAAGAUGCCAAGUUCUUCUGUACAGGGCUUGAUCUCGAGGAAGCAGAGAAGGACCCAUUUUCCAACACCGAUGGCUUCUAUCCUGCUGACAAAGACGUCUACCAGCUCUUGCACACAAUCCUAGACUUCCCGUUUCCAACGAUCGCUCUUGUCACAGGACAUACAUUUGGCGGAGGGUGCCCGCUCGCCUUUGCCCAUGAUUAUCGCGUCAUGAACAGCGAGAGAGGCUUCAUUUGCAUGCCUCCGGUUGACCUUGGCAUGCACUUCUCGGGCAUGGGCAUACUCCCUCGAUUGAAACUCCACCCGCAAGUCGCACGAAAGGUCUUGUUGGAGGGCCAUCGCUUCACCGCAAAGGAGGCGAUGACGGACGGGCUGGUUGAUGCCAUUGCACCCCCAGAGCGGAUGUUGGAUGCUGCCCUGGAACUCGCGAAUAAAUGGGCGCCAAAGGGGAAGGCUGGGUAA